GAAGGAUAUCGUACGGAGAACAGACGAAGGGAAUCUCACAUGCAGCGAUAGCAAAAUGUAUGGCAUCAUAAACAUAUGUGCAAAAUCUCUUAUUACGGAAAGAUAUGGUGAAGCAACGUGGGAGAAAAUAAGGGAGUCAGCAGGCGUGGAUGACAAGUUUGUGAACUAUAACGUAUACGAUGACGACGUCACCUACAAGAUCGUACAUGCUGCAUCUCAGUUAUUGGAUUGCUCCAUGGACGAGGUCUGGGAAUUAUUCGGUGUUUACUGGGUAAUCUGGUGCAUGAGAAAUGGCUAUGACAUCCUCUUUCGGACACUUGGUGGAACGCUGAGUGAAUUCUUGAAGAGCCUGGACUUCUUACACAGUGUGUACAUGAAAACAAUGUACCCGAAAAUGAUUGUGCCUUCGUUCAGAGUUGAAGAAAAGGACGAAAGUAACUUCAUUCUACAUUAUUAUUCAAACAGAAGAAAACUAGGUGGGAUCGUUCUUGGGAUAGUGAAAGGCGUCUCUCGGAUCAUUUUCAAUUCAUCAAUCUCGAUGCAUAUAAUUGAUCACAAUGAAGUAACCAUUCUUGAUAAGGUCAAAGAUUAUUACCGAUUCUAUAUCCGGGUCACGGACUAUCGAUUACCAGCUAUCGGAACACACGGAAUGAUCACCGAUGAGGAAUGGAGAUCUGUCAUAAGUGGGAGGAGUAGCAAUCACAUUCGUCAUACAUCUAUAGGAUCUUAUCACCAAGGAGGAGCAAUCAUACGAGACCAUUCUAAACUCAGCUGCUAUGAUUUGGUAAUGCCUUGUCAGAGGAAUGACCAACAUACAUUCCAUCCAAACCUGCCUGAAAGGAUGUUACUUGAUGGGCCGACCUUCUGCAAGGCUUUCCCAUACCACGUGGUCUUCAACAGUGAUCUUAUCAUCAUGCACGCAGGAAUCAAGCUGCAAGAACUUUGCCCACGUGCCUCAGUAGACAAUACAAACCUUGGUGACGUCAUACAGCUCAACCAUCCUGAGAUUGAACUUACGGCACAGAACAUUCGCUUGUUCAUUGACAUGAUCUUCAUGGUGUCUUUGAAGCAAUUAAAAAGGAAAAAUCAGUGCCUGUCUAUGAGAGGGCAGAUGGUUGAAAUGAAAAAGAGUGGUCUUUUCGUCUUUUUGUCAUCCCCCGUUCUGACGUCACUAACUGAGCUACAUGCAAAAAACAUGCAUUUCUCUGAUAUUGCACCUCAUGACGUCACACGAGAUCUGAUUCUCUUUAACCAGCAACGUAUAGUAGAGGUGGAACUCGCCAAAGAAUUAGAACAGAAGAAAGAGGAGCUCCGGACGUUAAUGAGAGACUUAGCAGCUGAGAAGAAAAAGACAGAUAGUCUGCUAUUCUCUAUGCUGCCAAAAGAGGUCGCCAACGACCUGAGAGAAGGAAGACAUGUUCAAGCCGGUGAAUACCCUGAGGUAACCGUCAUGUUUAGUGAUGUCGUCAGGUUCACCGAUAUGUGCUCCCAGUGUCAACCCAUUCAAGUCGUACACUUCUUAAAUGAAAUGUAUAGCAUGUUCGACAAAUUAACGACUGUCAAUGGAGUCUAUAAGGUUGAAACAAUCGGUGAUGCCUACAUGGUUGCAGGAGGCUUACCCUUGCCCAGUUCAACACACGCUGCACGCGUUGUAUCGUUCGGUCUUGACACCCUUGAGGUGAUCCCCAAGCUACAAUCACCGGUAUCGGAUCACGAGGUCCAGAUCCGUAUUGGUACACAUACGGGACCAGUUGUUGCCGGGGUGGUAGGACAAAAAAUGCCGAGGUACUGUUUAUUUGGUGACACAGUGAACACAGCAUCUCGUAUGGAAAGUCAUGGUUCUCCGGGAAAGAUUCACGCAAGCCAUGAAGUUGUGAAAUCCAUUUCUGAUGACGAUCGAUUCCAUGCAGAAAUCAGGGGAGAUGUUUUCAUCAAAGGGAAGGGAAAGAUGGAUACAUACUUCAUAAUGCGCUCAUCCUCAAAACCUACUACCUCAUCGACGUCAUCUGUCAGCAAUCAACUUUCUAUUAUGACGUCAUCAUCAUCAAGAGAAGGAAACAAUAACAAGACCAUGGAGGUUCAACCGAUUUACCAACCUGCUUCUGAUCGACUAGAGCUUUCAGUUUUGUCCAAUUCAGCUCAUAUUUCGAACAUCAAAGUGUCUUCAAACAUCUGUUUGAUUCUGUAAAAUGGUUUUAGUGUUUGUAUAUAUUUGCUGUUAUUUAUUCUUUGUUUUAGUUUUACGUGUUGUCGAUGUGAAAUUCUAAUUAAUUUAAAUUGUUCGGUACAUGUAGGCGCUAGGCGCGGACCCUUGCAGGGAAGCACGUUGCCGCGAAAUUGUUCGUAUAUUAUUUGCUGUUAUUUAUUCCUUUUUUUAUUUAAGUUUUAUGUGUUGUCGAUGUGAAUUUCUAAUUAAUUUCAAUUGUUCGGUACAUGCAGGCGCUAGGCGCGGACACUUUCAAGGAGGCACGUUGCCUCGGAAUUGUUCUAAAAAACCUUAUGCACCUUCUUUUUUUAUUUUUUGUUUGGGGGGGUUGUUGUGGCGUCUUUUAUAUUACCUUUAUCCACUCUAUUUCCCUUUAUUUGCUCCAAGUGCCGAAAGUAUAAGCCUACUUUUGAACGGAUAAUUCACCCCCAACAAAAUGUUGAUUUCCCCUUCAUCCUUUUUAUCACAAAGACCAGAAUAAUAUAUCAUAAGCCCUAAUUAUAGUAUGUAUGCGCGAAGGGUGAACUGACCUUUCACACGAACAUUACUGAUUAAACUGUACGUUCCAAGCAUGUUAAGUAAUCAUGAACAGCUUGCGUAUAUACAUGUACAUGCAUGCAAUUAGUUUAUUGAUUUUGAUUCAAGCUUAUUUUAAAAAAAUAAUGCGAGCGCGAAGCGCGAGCUGAAAUCUGGAAUCAUACCGAUCUGAAAUAAUUGACACUUUCAGGACUCAGGAAGUAGUGACUUGUGUCUUGCCAUGAAAAUUAUAUGACCGCGAAAUGCGAGAUGAAUAUAAAUUAUAUUUAUAUUAAUGAUUUAUUGCAUUACUAGAUGACUAUGUACACUAAUUCAAUUGCAUUGACAAUGCUUGUUCUAUAAUGAUGUCAAUUUUCGUGUCAUUAAUUGUGUGAAUGGAUUUAUUUUAUCAUUCUUGCCAUCUUCUUAUUAUUGUUUUACGAUUCCUGCGCGAGAGAAAGCGGUGCCCUGCAGUUUGUCAACAGUGUGUAACACACUGUGAAAACUCAUCGCCAAACUGUAAAAUGUUAGCCUUUUCAAAGUCUGCGAGUGUAAAUCACUUUUUUUUUUUUACAAAGUAUAUUCUGUAAAUUUAAAACACUGUACGAACUCACACUGUAGAUAUGGUACAUGUGCAAACAGUGUGUAAUCAUUACAAUAUGAAUUCCAAACAUUUUCAUUGGUUUUAAUAGUGUAAAUCACUGUGCCCAGCACAAAAAAAAGACGUGGCCUUGAUUGAGGCAAACAUAGCAGACUACUUUAGACUUUAGACUACUUUAAAUGCUAAAAUUUCACAUUGGCAAUGCCUCAAUUUGGACAACUACACAACAUCAUUAACAGUGUGUUCGCAUAGUGGACUAUUUGAAGUUAUGGUUCACACUGUCGACAUGAUCGACUUUCACAGUGUGUUCACACAGUGGACUAAGUAUGUGAAGAUGUGACUCAGACUGUUUAAAAUUCUCAAAUUUAACAUUGGCAAUUCCACACUGAGGACAAAUACACAGUGUCAUUAUUAACAAUGUGUUCGCAUAGUGGACUUGGUGAUGAUGUGUGUCACACUGUUAAAACGUUCAAAUCUUACAGUGAACACUGAAGAUACCUAUUGCACAGUGUGAAUGUUCACAGUGUGUUCACAUUACUAGUAGACUAAUUAUGUGUAGAUGUCAUUUAGACUGUUUAAAAUGUUCGAAUUUAACAUUGUCAAUUCCACAUUGAGGACACCUAGAUUCACAGUAUGUUCACAUAGUGGACUAUUUGAAGAUGUUAUUCAGACUGUUUAAACUGUUCAAAUUUAACGUUGGAAAUGCCAGACAGACUGUGGAUACGUAUUGCACAGUGUGCAUGUUUACAGUGUGUUCACAUAGCUAGUGGACUAAGUAUGUAAAGAUGUGAUUCAGACGACUUAAAAUGCUAAAAUUUCACAUUGGCAAUGCCACACUGUGGUCAACUACACGGUGUCAUUAUUAACAGUGUGUUCGCACAGUGGACCUCGUGAAGAUGUGUGCCACACUGUUAAAAUGCUGAAAUCUUACAGUGAACACUGAGAACACCUAUUGCACAGUGUUCUCACAUAGUGGAAUAUUUGAAGAUGUUAUUCAGACUCUUUGAAAAAUUCAAAUGUAACAUUGACAAUGCCACACUGUGGAUACCUAUUGCACAGUGUGAAUGUUUACAGUAUGUUCACAUAACUAGCGGACUAUGCGAAAAUGUGAUUCAGACUACUUAAAAAGCUAAGAUUUCACAUUGGCAAUGCCACACUGUGGACAACUACACAGCAACAUUAUUAAUAGUGAUAUAUAUAUAGCGGACUACUAUGGUUCACACUGUUGACAUUCGAUUUUCACAGUAUGUUCACAUAGUGGACUUAGUAUUUGAAGAUUUUAUUCAGACUGUUUAAUUUAACAUUGGCAAUGCCACACUGUGGAAAAUUACACAGUGUCAUUAUUGACAGUGUGGUCGCACAGUUGACCUUUGUGAAGGUGUGCGUCACACUGUUAAAACGUUCAAAUCUUACAGUGAACGCUGUGGACACCUAUUGCACAGUGUGAAUGUUCACAGUGUGUUCGCAUAGCUAGUGGUUUGAGGAUGUGAAAAUAAGAUUGAGACGGUUUAAAAUUUUUAAAGUUAACAUUGGCAAUGCCACGCUGUAGUCAGCUACACAGUGUCGUUAUUAACAGUGUGCUGUAUAUAGCGGACUAAUUGAAGUUAUGGUCCACGUUGUUGACAUGCUCGAAUUUCACAGUGUGUAACAUAUUGUGAGAUGAAAAUUCCACACUUUGGAUGCCUGAAAUACACUGCGAAUGUUCACCGUGUGUUCACAUAGCUUGUGGACUAAGUAUGUGGAAAUUUGACUCGUAAGCAUUGUCAAUUCCACACUGAGGACACCUAUUGCACAGUGUGAUUGUUCACAGUGUGUAUUAGUAGAUCAUUGGAAGAUGUGAUUCAGACUGCUUAGUGUCACUUACACUGCAAAAACACCGGUGUUAUUUUAACACCAGUCUGGUAUCUAUAUCGGUCCACACCAGAGAAGUGUUAAAAUAACACCGGAUUGUCGUUAGGCUAACACCAAUUUGGCAUUUCAGCCACACCAAUAAGUGUUAAACCAAUAUCGGUAUGAUUCUGAACUGGUGUUGUUUCAACGCUUCUCUGGCGUUUCUCGAUAUAGAAACCGGGCUGAUGUUGAAUCAACACCGGUGUUUUGGCAGUGUACGCUGUCGACAUGCUACAAUGUAGUAUCGGCCGUGUAUUCACAUAAUGGAUCAUGUGAAAAGGGAUUCACACGGACACUGUUAAAAUCGUGAACAAGAUUUCACAGUGUCGAUACCUACCCUCACUUGCAAUAUAUGUAUUGUCCCUUUUACAUUAAUCGAUUUUUUUUUUGCAACGAACGUAGAGGUCUGCAACAUUUUUGCUGCCCUUUACGUUCGUUGGUUUUUGGUUAUAGGAACUUUAUUUGUUGUUGCGGUGUUUUGUUCCGUUAUUUCAUUACGUAAAAGAAAAAUAUUCUUACUUGCUGUUGACAUGUGCCUGAAGAAAAAUUCUGAUAUCUUAUACCAUUAAAUCAAUAAAACUAACCUCUUUACAAAUGUCA